AUGGAUCACUUCGAAACAGAGCAGGUGCACACAAACAGCAGAGAGGAGGUUCUGCUGCUGUCAGCCCAGAGUCCUGCUGAAUGUCUCACUGUGGACGCACAGCACCAUGUGCAGAGGUGUGGCAUCACGUCUGUGUUUAUGGAAGAAGAUGAGAAGGGUGAAGGGACGGAUGAAGUGAGCGGACGACAGGAGCAUUCAGCGCCUGUUUGCUCCCACAAUGACCCCUCUCUACACAGCUACCUGCACCUAUGGGAGCUGGAGUGGGCAGAGGACCUUGACAGACGAGAGGACAGCAGACUUCACCCCAGCGUGACACCCAUCCAUCCGCAGUAA